AUGAGUCUUUCUCAACUCAGUCGACCGAUACCGGCAUCCGAAACCAAGCACCUCACUUUGCUAGAAUACCCGUUAUGGCCUCCCAUCGAAGGUUACUCGAUUGAUUGUGGUAAUCAACGAGUGGCUCGCCUGAUCCAGAACGAUAAUUGCCGCACAUCAACCGGCUCAACCCUUUGGCUUAGCUCACAAAUUCUCUCAGCCUAUCUCUUGGCUACAUUAUCGAAAAAUGUAGUUCGUGCAAAGAGAAAUCAUUCGUUGAGAGCUAUAGAGGUCGGGGCAGGAACAGCCCUGAGCUAUACAGUACUAGCCACCGAUAUUGAGCCCUCUCUGACUCAGAUCUUGGUGCCGAAUGUUCGUAAUUGGAUGGAAGAUAAUAACUCUUCGACCGGAAAAAUCUCGACAUGUCGUCUAAACUGGAACCUAGAGCUUGAUUGGACAUCGAUCAACACGGCCUUUUCGAGUGGCCCCAACGAUAAGGCUCCCGGAAACUUGAAUUCGAGGUCUCUAUCUGUCGGACAAACACAACCUUUGGUAGACGGCGAUGGACUUGCUGCUACUCCGAUCGAUUUGAUUGUCUCAGCGGACACAGUGUACGCCGUGGAACUGAUCCGUCCGUUGUUAAACACACUCUCCACACUCUCGGCUCGGUCACCGAAGCCACCAAUGAUCCAUCUUGCCCUCGAGCGUCGCGACCCAAGUCUGGUGGACAAAUUCUUCCAAAUGGCUGUUGAGAUGGGAUUCAGAGCAACUCAGAUUGAACCCAACCGUUUGCGUAAGAUGGUUGAGAGUAUGGGCUGGAUCGAUGAGGACUGGGAAGCGGUCGAAGUGUGGAAGCUUUCCAUGAAGCAGAAACGUGGUGUUUGA